GUUGCCGUUCACGCACGCCCCCCCUCCUUUUCUUUCCUUCCUCCCUCCUCCACCUCCCUUUCUCUCCCUCCCUCGGCCUUCCCUAGCGGCGCCGACUGGCGAGCGGCGCCGCCCUUCUGCAGGUCUUCACCGCCCGUUCGCCGGCAUCAAGCAUUCGUCAGAAGCAAGGAAGGGCAAUCGGGGAUACAAGGGCUUGUUCUCGCCAUGUCUCGGUCACCGCACCUCCCGCCCCGCUGCCCACCCCUGGGUCCUCAGAUCACUCGAAGGGAUGACAGCUUGUUCACCCAGAGCUGCAGGUUUCCGUCUGGGGAUCCGUUCUUUGGUGAGCCGCCGUGCUGGCUCGAUGAUCUCCUUGCAGAUUCUGGGAAAGUCCCCAACCUUCCUCCUCUCAGAAGGGCUUGCAGCGACUCCGACGCUAUCUUGGACGCCCUGUCGACGUUCCAGAGCCCGAUUCAUCCCAUCGAGGAAGGGGAUCUAAGCCCAGGUGGUGAAGCCGAGGACCUGUUGGAUGCUGCUGAAGGUGGGGAAAGUGGUUCUGUGGUUGAGGCCAGCUGCGUUUACGGGCCGAAUUCACCAAGACAGAAGAGUAGACUGACAACUUCAGAGAGUUCCAUGGUAAAUGCUGUGCUUGAGAAUGUCCCCAGCAACCCCUUGCAGUACCUGACCAUUGAUGCCUCCAGUGGCUUGAAUGGUAAUGUGGCAAAUGGAACUGCUGAUGCUACUGAUGCUUUUGGCCAUCCUGAUCAAGACAAGACAUUUAAAAGGCGUUCGGGGCAGAGAUCUAGGGUCCGGAAGCUUCAAUACAUUGCUGAACUUGAGAGAACUGUUGAUUCACUUCAGAACAUGGGAGCUGAUUUGGCUGUCAGAGUGGCAUCACUUUUCCAGCUUCACAAUUCUCUUUCAAUGGAAAACAAGCAACUGAGGAUACAGAUUUCUACUCUUCAGCAUGCAAAACUAAUUAAGGAUGGUCAGACGCAGGCACUAAAGAAUGAAGCUGAGAGGCUGAAGCAGGUGUCCGCCUGUCACCGCAGGAGCAGAAGCGUCACUUCCUGUUAUAACCUGAGCCCUUAUGGAGACGCGUCAGCAGUCAAUUGGCAGAUGCCUGACAUGGCAAAGCUCAGCCUGAACGGCAGCUCAGUCUCCCCGAGAGGCGGCUAUGGUCUGUGACAGCACCUGAGCCUGACACCUCUUAGAAGAGAAAUCGAGGCAUUACCCUAGAUAACUGUUCGCUAACCUUACCCAAGCAUAGAUUUGAGAUGAGGUCCUAUCGUUGACUAGGAGAGUAGGGUGUAUCGGUCGUUUCUGGAGAAUUACAGAGGUUACCAGCUUAGUUUACCUCGUAGAGUGCUGCAGUCUGACUCCCAGAUUUGAAAACUGACGGAGUGAAGCAAGCCUGUUUGGCUUGCUGUUUAGCGGUUGCAAUCUGCUCGUUUGAUGCUCUUUCAUGUGCUGGUGAAGUUGCAGUUGCAGCGCUUUGAUGCUCUACUAAGCAUGCGUUGAGCUAUGGUCGUCUUUGAUUCUGGUUUCUUA